CUCUCCGUGCCCACCCACCCUCCCGCCCGCCUGCCUUUCCUGCUCGCCCAUCGAAGCGGUGGGCGCUGAGCGGCGUCGCCAGGCGGAGGCCGCCCUUGCUUCAGCUGUCGCCCGGGGAGGGGUCAAGCCAGCGGCGAGGCUGCCCUGCCAGCUCUGGUGAUCGCGGGCGGCGGGCACUUUCCCCGAAGGCUGCCAAGAGCGGAUCCGGGGCUGCUGGUGCAGCGACGAGCACAACCCGCGCGGCUGCUUCUGCUUCUCCGCUUGGGCUUUUUAGCCGCCCGCAGGAGGGAACACCAUGCCGAAGAGAAAGGCCAUUAAAAAUCUCUGUACAUUAUUACUUAUUUGGGUGAUAAAGGCAUUGUUCGGGAAGCCCUAUAAUUAUGUUUUUCUGCCCCAAGAAGUAUCUACAGCAAUGCUCAGUGCUUCAAAAUGACCAGUUUCCAGAGGGUGCUGAAGCCAAGGAUGCAGCAAAAAUAACAAAACAAGAGCCAACAAGACGAUCUGCAAGAUUAUCAGCUAAACCUGCUCCACCAAAACCUGAGUCUAAGCCGAGGAAAAGCGCCAAGAAGGAACCUGGAACAAAGGCUAAUAAAGGUUCUAAAGGGAAGAAGAAUGAAAAACAGGAAGCUGCAAAGGAAGGUACUACACCAUCUGAAAAUGGUGAAAGUAAAGCUGAAGAGGUACUUUAUAUAUCCUGCUGAUUCAGUCAGUGUUUUAUAAUUCAGUUUCUGAGCUGAUGCAAGCAUGUUCAUAAUACUUUUUUUUGUUGCCCCCGUAAUGUUAUUACAGAUUCUCAUCUCUCGUUCAACUGUUAGUGUUUCAACAUCCAGAGGUAUCCCACCCAGCACAUGUCAGUAAAAGGGCAGAUUGAAACAGUGAAAGUUAAGGGUACAGUAGAGCAUUCUGCAUAUGCAGUGAAUAGGAGCAGAUAGUAGUGUGGUGCUUUUCAUUGUGAACAAUGGAAGCUAGCAGGUAAGGUUUCUAUGGCUUUUACAAACCAGGAACCUGUAAAUGUAAGAAUAUUUAUAGUUGUCCUGUCUAUAAUACAACAGUUGUUAAAUAACCUGUUUCGUCUGCUUCAAACCUUUGUAGCAAAAGGGAAUGAUGGCGAUUGCUGAAAAGUUGUUUAGAGAAGAUGAAGUAGGGUUAGUUUUUCUUUAUAAAAGGCAGACUGGCAUAACCUUUUCCCUUUUCCCUUUUACAGGCACAGAAUUGAAUCAGUAGAUGACAGGUGCAUAUGAACUCACAUGAACAUUUGAGGAUGUUUUUAUGUACCUCUUGACAACUUUUAAAAGAUAUUUUUAUCAAGGAUUUUGUAAAUGCUAAUUUUUUAGGACUUACAAUGAGUUGAUAAACUAUAUAUGAACACUUCUUCCUUCUGUAUCAGUACUUCUAGAAAUUCCCAACAUUGUCAAGUUAAGGGGAAAAAAGCGUCAUUAACACAACUUUUGGAAAACAAAAGUAUUUAUAAAAUUGAACAAGCAUUCCAUAUAUUUGCUUUUCAGAGGUGUAAGUCUUGGUGCAUAUAGUGAUGUUUUUACUAUGGGUGUUAGAGAUCUUUUGCCAUUUUCCCCCUAGAGCAAUAAUCUGUGGUGCUUUUGUAAUUAAGAAUUAAGUGUUUUUAAUGAAACAUGUAUACAUUUGGCUACCUGUUGCCCAUUAUGGGACCCUUUUCAUUUAAAAAAAAUAACAAAGUCUCAGUGCUAACAAAUGUGGUUCAUUAUCUUUCUAAAUCAGAGGUAUGCCUUGUAAUGCUUGUCAGAAAAAUAUUAAGCACACUUGUUUAGAAAUUUGGUUACAACUGUUAUUUCAGAAUCAAGAUUAUAGCUCAUAGAAAAUAGUGGGGCUUACAACAUAAUACUAAAAAUUGAUUGACUUUAUGGUUAGGAACGGAUAAUAUUCACAAUUCAUGUAUUUUAAGCAAACUAGCAGAGUUUUAAGAGGCAGCCACCCCUUUUGCAGAGCUAUUUGCCAAAUAUACCAGAACACCCAAAGCCUGAAUGCAAAACUAGAGUCUUUAAGGAGCUCUGAUGAGCGAUCUUACACACCUGGAUGGUUCACACAUCUUGAAGGCCUUACACUUUGUACAGACAAAUGUAAAUUGCCCAUGGAUUAUGUAACAAAUUAUUUUUUUCAGCACUGUUUUAUGCUACAGUAUUGUAAGUGGAAAUUAGUUUAUGCUUUCUUGAAAGAACAGUUUCACUUUUGUAUCUCCUCCUCUUAACUGUCUCCCAAUUCAUAUACAUAUAUAUGACUAUGAAAACUGCAGUUUGUCUCAGCUUAACCUUUAGUAUUUUCUGUUGCUUUUUUGCAUUUACUUAAUUUUUUAUAUUAAAAUGGAGAUUUAAAACACUG